AUGUCUGCCGAAAAAAGACCGGCGUCCGACGAGCCUGGCGCGGGCCAGAUGAUUGUGAAGCGCCAGAACGUGGGAUCGUCAACAGGAGCGCUGGCGAGGCUCAAUGCCUCGGGAAAGAGCAGCGCAUUGGUUCAGACGGCUCCCCGAACAAGCAAUCUGCAGGCACCAGUCAUGGAGCUCUCCGGCCACUCGGGCGAGAUCUUUGCCGCCAAGUUUGAUCCUACCGGAAACUUCAUUGCUUCCGGUUCGAUGGAUAGAAGUAUCUUGUUGUGGCGGACAUACGGCGACUGCGAAAACUAUGGCGUUCUUACUGGCCAUCGGGGCGCUGUCCUGGAUCUUCAAUGGUCCAGAGACUCUAAGAUCGUAUAUUCGGCUUCGGCCGACACACAUCUAGCAAGCUGGGAUCUUGAGAACGGUACGAGAAUACGAAGGUACAUUGGGCAUGACGAGAUUGUGAACACGAUGGACAUCAGCAAACGAGGCGAGGGCAUGCUGGUGAGCGGUAGCGACGACGGCACAAUAGGGCUUUGGGACCCGAGAUCAAAGCACGCGGCGGAUCACAUUGAGACAGAGUUCCCCAUCACAGCCAUUGCCAUGUCUGAGGCCGGGAACGAAGUCUACUCAGGCGGCAUCGACAACGACAUCAAGGUCUGGGACAUACGCAAGAAGUCAGUUGUGUACUCCAUGCUUGGCCACCAGGACACGGUCACCUCCCUCCGAGCAUCUCCGGACUCGCAAUCGCUGCUUUCAUUUGCCAUGGACUCCACGGUGAGAACAUGGGACAUUCGUCCAUUCGCACCAACAGACAGACAUAUCAGAACAUUUGACGGCGCUUCUGUAGGGCUCGAGAAGAACCUCAUUCGAGCCAGCUGGGAUUCUGAGGGCAAAAAGGUAGCUGUUGGUUCGGGCGACGGCACUGCCACUAUUUGGUCCACUGAGACCGGCAAGCUCAUGUACAAGCUUCCUGGACACAAGGGGACUGUGAAUUGUGUCGAGUUUGCGCCUGGCACGGAACCCAUCGUACUUUCUGCGUCAUCUGAUCGCAACAUGCUUCUCGGAGAACUGCGGUGA